GCCCACAGCCCAGUUUCAAUAAAGCUUCCGCAUUUUGUAUCAUCAUGGCAGCCGGUAAAGCGUCCUUGGUGGCGCAUGGACUUCAUUUAUGUGUAAAAAAUAGGCUUUUGUUGAAUUCAGAUUUGCCUGAUAUUGUCAGCUGUAUUAAAAGAGGUCUUGCCACAGGUGUGCUGUCGCAGACGGUUGAAGUUCCCAGUGCCACAACCUCUCCAAAAAGCAGUUUUGGUGGACCGUUGGAGCAUUACAACAGUCUCAUUCGAGAUGGACAGUUACGAGAAGAUCUGCAGCAGAGAGCCGCUUUAGAAAAACUGGAUCAGAUGCAAAAGGAUCUUCGAGGGUACAGCAACGAACACUCAACGCUUUUCUCAAAGUUCUUCUCCAAGAGAAAGCCGCCAAAAGGUUAUUACAUAUAUGGAGAUGUUGGCACAGGGAAAACUAUGGUUAUGGAUAUGUUUUAUGAUCAUGUAGAGACUGUGAAGAAAAAAAGGGUCCAUUUUCAUGGAUUCAUGUUGGAUGUACAUAAACGGAUCCAUCGGCUCAAGCAAAGUUUGCCCAAGAGAAAAGUGGGUAAAAUGGCGAAGGCGUACGAUCCUAUCGCACCGGUGGCUGAAGAAAUCAGCGAGGAGGCCUGCCUUCUGUGUUUUGAUGAGUUCCAGGUCACUGAUAUUGCAGAUGCCAUGAUUCUUAAGCAGCUCUUUGAGAACCUCUUCUUGAAUGGGGUUGUAGUUGUAGCAACGUCCAAUCGGCCUCCAGAUGAUCUGUACAAAAAUGGAUUACAAAGGGUGAACUUUGUGCCUUUCAUUGCUGUGCUAAAGGAGUAUUGCCAAACACUACGUCUGGAUUCUGGAAUAGAUUAUCGGAGAAGAAAUUGCCCUGCAGCUGGAAAACUCUUCUACCUUUCCAGUGAACCUGAUGUUGAUGCAACACUCGAUAAGCUGUUCGAUGAGAUGGCCUUCAAACAGAAUGACAUUACUCGGCCCAGAUCUCUAAAGGUACAUGGAAGGAUACUGACACUUGCCAAAGCAUGUGGGACCAUCGCAGACUGCACCUUUGAGGAGCUGUGUGAUCGACCUGUAGGAGCUAGCGACUACCUGGAGAUCUCUGCUGUGUUUGACACAGUUUUCAUCAGAAACAUUCCUUUGCUCACUUUGAACAAGAAGACGCAAGCCAGACGCUUCAUAACUCUCAUUGAUUCACUGUAUGAGCACAAGGUUCGAGUCGUGCUGCAGGCCGAAGCUCCAUUAGAUGAUCUGUUUGUUCAUGAACAUCACGACCAUCAUGACCAUCACGACACUCAUGUUUUAUUGGAUGAUCUGGGCAUUUCAAGGGAUGCCGGCAGCUCACUGGCGAUCUUCACAGGAGAAGAGGAGGUGUUUGCGUUCCAGAGGACUGUGUCUCGCCUUACUGAGAUGCAAACAGAGGAGUACUGGGUUGCAGGAGAUCGGAGCUCUAAGUAGCUUUUAUCACUACUAACUCCAUGUACAGCGGCCAUCUCAACUAUCAUAAGACUCAGCCUCUCAUGAGGUUCUGGGAUCAACUCCACUUUGAUUUGGUGAGGACGGUAUUUUAAUCAGAACUGUAUGGAAUAAUGCUGCACUUUAUAAACGCACAUGCAAAUAUGACUAGCCUCUUUUUGAGGUUUGGUCUUGAAAGAAUGCAAAGGUUUGUUGAAGUUUGCUACAGAUGUUUUUUGAAAUCAGGCUCCUUUCUGAUUAUAAAAAUGGUUUGUGGAAUAUUUUAUUGACAACCCAUAGUUGUCAAACAGCUGAUAUGCAACCUAUUUAAGAUUGUUUGCAUUAAAAUGAUUUUUAUUGA